AUGGCAAAGCUCGGGGGCCUCCCGCCCUGCGGCUUCGCGGUCUUGGCGGACAAGGGCGGCCAGCCGCCGCUGCUCGUCGAGCGCCGGGCGAAAGGCAAGCGGGUGACCGUAAUCAGCGGCGUGCGGGGCAAUGCCAGAGCCCUCUGUACAGCACUGACAACGCUGCUGGGUGUCGGCGGAACCGUGCACGCGAAGGGCAACCUGGCGGACGUCGAAGUGCAGGGGGAGCAGGUGGAGCGUGUCGCACAGGCCCUCACUCAGCUCGGCUGUCUGCGAGGUCCCACCGGAGCGAAAGCCCCAGCGCCCGCCACCGUGGUGGAACGGAGCUGCGGCUACGAUGCCUUCCUGAAGGAAGAGGGAGGGCGGAAGGAGCGGAAGGAGCGCCAUCGGACAGGAGCCGCCCUGGAGCCUGCGGAGCCCCCGGAAGAUGCCCCCUGCCGCGCGUGGCACGGGUACUGGAUCUACUGCUCCGGCCACUGCGAUCGGGCGCCUUCCUCUUUCGACGUCUGGGACUUGGAGUCCCUGGACCCCUUCGUGGAGUGCGACCGGUUUGUUGUGACCGGAUCUGCACGGGCCGCAGGCGGCGCAAAGAUCUUGAGCGGCUUGCAACGCCUUGGGAUGGCGGCUGAAGUGGGGGUUGCCGUCCUCUCCUACCGUGAGGAGUUGGCCCAGGAUGCAGCACGCCGGGUGGCUCCGAAAGCGUCCUUUUGCGCGCAAGCCGUGUCAGCGGAGCUCCAGGAGAGGGAGCUGCUCGUUUGCUCCACGUGCGGGGCCUCUUUUACUAUGCGUCGGACGCUGCAGCUUCACAUGCGUCAGCACCAGCGAGAAGUGCCAGAGGCCUGGACAGAGACUGGCCCGCAGGCUCUCGCCUCGGACGACUGGAGGCGCGACUCCUACAUCGACAAGGCACGAGAGGAGGUGGAUUUCGUCACUGCCAAAGUGCAGCCAGAAGACCUGCUCAACAAGGAAGACUGGGAUUCACCCGAAGCGGCGCAGUACGUGGUUUCCAGUGAGCGUGGCUCCAAGUACACUUUGGGCAGCCUGCUGGACGCGGCGGUGCCAAUCGCGUCACGGCGGCGCAAGAAGGCUCCCGAGCUUCGAGGAGACUGCCCCCUCUGCGGCCAAUCUUUCCUGCAGAGUGUGCUGGAGGAGCACGUGGAUCAGUGCCUCCGAGCUGCGCCGCCCGAGGCUGGGGCCACAUCGGCCGAAGCAUCGGAAGUCCCGGAGCUUCCCACGGAGCUCCUCGAAAGCCUGCUGCAGCUGGAUCUCCCUGAGGCCGCUGCCGAGUUUUUCUGGUGCAUCUACGAACACCACGUGCAGAGCAAGAGUGUCCAUGAGGCCUUCCUGGCAGCUCUCGAGGAGGCACUGGCCUGGGUGCCCGAGCCCGAGGAAGCUGAGAGCUCGGAAGGCCCCGAGAUGGAGGCCUGCCCCGUUUGUGGCGACCGCUUCCGGCUGGAAGUCAUCCAGCAGCACGUGGAGGACUGCUUGAUGGCGGUUGAGCCUCUGGCUGCUCCACCUGUGCCCACGGCGCCCCCGGCGCCCGCGGCACCAGUGGCGCCGGCGCUGGCAGCGGUGCCUGCAAAGGUGCCGAAGCCGCCGGAGGAGAAAAAGGUGCCCAAGGCCCCCGAGGCGCCCGAGGUGCCCGAGGUGCCCGAGGCACGCGGCCGAUGGGCAAAAGCCAAGGCUCCCCCGGAGACUGCCCAGGAGCGCAUCGCCCGGCUGAAAGCCGAGGCCAAGCAGGCCAAGGAUGCGGCGAAGCAGCGGACAGACGGUGAAAACAUCGCGGUGUUGAAGGGGGGGUCCGGCAGUUUGGAGGCGCACAUGCAGCCAGCCCGCCGGUUCUGGCGUCGUCUCCUGCCGCCCGUGGCCGAAGCAACGAGCCUGGGCCCUGGGCGAGAGCAGCUGCUGACGCUGGCUCAAGCGUACCGCUGGUUUUCCCAGGUGCCAGCUGCCCAACGCCGAAUGAAGAAGGCAAAGCUGGCGAUGAGGAACGUCAUCGCGGACAAAAUCCUCGAGCACUGGCCGGCGCUGGCCUCCGACAGGGAGCAAUUGAAGUGGCACUUGCACGAGCUCUUCAGCCAUGCAAUGACCGUGCAAGAAUCCAGGGAGCUCACGUCGCAGCUCAUGACCUUCUGGGACCGCUUCAUGGAGGAGCAGGGGCCCGAAGCGACAGCGACUCGUCUCCGCCUCACGCAGCAAGCGGCUUACCGCCUCGAAGUACCACUGAACACAGCAGUGGAUGUUCUGCAGACAGCUGAAGACGGAAUGAAGAGGGUCCGACUGCUGCUACGCGAUGCUGACGAGAAGGAGGCAUGGGUGCUCCCUGAAGACCUUCAGGUACAGUUUUUCAAGGGGGCGCCAACCGGAGAGCGUCAAGUGUAA